AUGCUUUUCAAAAACUUUCUCAUCGCCUCCACCUUCGCUCUCCUGAGCGGCACUUUCGCAGCGGAAGAAGCGGGUCACGACGACGCUCCCAAGCAGAAUGUCGGGAAUCUGCAUGUCGGGGAUCUGGAUGUACUUCGCGCACGGAACCCUACCCUUCUCGAAGAUAUGGAAGGUCUAGUCCUCGCAGGCUCUUCUAGCCCGACGGCCACCCCGACAGGUUCCUCGAGCAGCUUCUCUCACGUCGCUCAAAUCAGCCCAACGCGGGCACCUCGUCGCCAGAAGCGCAACCCCGGCCUCCUUGCUAAAGCAGGGAGCAUUAUUGCUGGCGCUGAUCAGACGUCCUCGACUUCUGCGUCUUCGGCUGCUCCCUCCGACUUUUAUAGUCAGCACGGGAAACCGAGCCAGUAUUCGAAUUCGAGGGGAAAGCGAGCUCUGGAGACACCUGGCUCUACCCCCAGCUCAAUGCCGGUUCGAAUGUCUAGCGUGAUCCCCACUCCGACCCCCAGACCGUCAAUGAUGAAGAAAGUCAAGUCGACUUGA